GCCAUCAAGCCCCGGCUUGGCCAUUCGUGCCCAGAGAGACAGCGUGCAGCUGUGGAGAAGCCGGAGCACGUGCGGAGGGGGCGCGGUGGGGGGGACGGACCUCCCCACGGGGAAAGCACCCACCGCCCUCGGCAGGACUGCAGUCCAGGAGCACUCAUCCCGACUUCCUCAACCCUCUGUCAAACUGGAUUCCUCCUUCACGGAAAAAGCAUCUCCAGGGACAGUCCCCAACCCGGUCCUCAUGCUGCUGGGACUUGUGCUGCUGAUGUGCGCUGCCCCCUGCGAACCAGCCAGUGAAGUCCUCUGGGGGAUUGCAGGAUUCCCAGGAGAGAAUACCACCCCUGCCAGGAAUUCCAGGCCCCGGAGCGAACCUUCUGGUACUAACACUGGACUAGAGUUUACAAAGUCCCAGGCACUGCUUCUGACAGCCAGGCCCUCUCGGCCCAAGGAGGGGGACUCAAUGACCCUGACCUGUGAGAUGCAGGCCACUUCUCAGAAGCUGGAUGUCCCAGUCCAGUUCUGCUUCUUCAGAGAUAGUCAGGCCCUGGGGCAGGGCUGCAGCCGCUCCCCAGAGCUCCAGCUCCCGACCGUGUGGAGGGAAGACUCGGGCUCCUACUGGUGUGGAGCAAAGACCUCGAUGAUCAGAGUCACUUGGAGCCCCAGGAUCCAGAUACAGGUGCAAGACAACGAUGCCUCCACGGUGCUGGGAAGAGGAUGUGGAAUACCUCCAGAAGGUUGGCUUCCCCACCCUUGCUCAAAACUCAACACUGGAGUCCCCGUCUGGAACGUGAGCUUGGAGACACGGCCUCCAGGGGGACAAGUGCAGAAGGGAAAGAAGCUGGUUCUCAUCUGCUUGGCCACCCAGGGCACAGGAAACAUCACCUUCUCCUGGUACAAAGGGGCCCUGGGUUUGACCCUGAAAACAAAGACCCAGCGUCCACUCACUGCCACGUUCGAGAUCCCGGCAGUGACCGACAGUGACGCAGAGAAAUACUACUGCACGGCCGACAACGGCUACGGCCCCAGCAUCAGCGAGCUGGUGAGCGUCACUGUCAGAAGUCCAGUGUCCCAUCCCGUCUUCACCCUCAGGGUGCCCGGGGCCCAGGCCUUUCCUGGGGACGUGGUGGAGCUUUGCUGUGAGGCCCAGAGCGGCUCUCCCCCGAUCCUGUACCGGUUUUACCACGAGGACGUCAUCCUGGGGAGCAUCUCGGCCCCCUCUGGAGGAGGAGCCUCCUUCAACCUCUCUCUGACCGCAGAACGUUCUGGAAACUACUCCUGUGAGGCCGACAAUGGCCUGGGGGCCCAGCGCAGUGAGGCGGUGACCCUCAGUGUCACAGUGCCUGUGGAGGACAAAAAGGAACUUCUCGCCUCAGGAGUCCUGGAGGGGCUGCUUGGCACCCUUGGUCCCACCGUUAUGGCCUUAUCGCUCUGCUGUUGGCUCAAGAGAAGAAUGGGAAGACCAGCAGCUGCAGACCAGGGCAGGAGCCCUCCCAGCCCCGUGCCACAGGUGUCCAACUACAUCAACUCAGCUGCCCCACUGCAGGAACAGUUUGUAUACGAGAAUGUGAAUGUCGUAAGCGGGGACGAGGUCUACUCUUUGGUGUACCACAGGCAGCAAGAGCGGCAAGCAGCAGUAGACCCCCAAAGGACACAUACCGCAGACCAGGAUGCCUCAGCCAUCUAUUUUAAGCUGAAGAAGGCAAGCCCUGCAGAUGUGGACUAUGAAGACGCCAUGUAAAGUCCUGGAAGAUUCUGCUCUUUGGAAAGCAUCCAUGACCCCAAGCCUCAGAACUGAUAUGUUCUUCAGAGAUCCUGGAGUAGUCAGCUUUCUAGGACUUCUCAUCUAGGUGCUUCCCCUCACCCUCCAGAGUCUAUUCCUGCGUCAGGCUAAAAGCCCUGAAGAAACCAUCCAAAAGACCCAACAUGAACGCGGGGGGGGGCCUCACUCCCACUGGUUCUUUUAGGCACAGGUCAAAUUGUGCUCUAACUUCAUUCUAUAAGAGGAAACAGGGUGGGUGACCUUGGGGUGGAGGGACAGUGAAGCUCACUCGGAGUGCGUGGACAUGAGGUUAACGAUUCUGCAGGCAGCUGUGCAGAGGUGAGUGCCCAUCCUCUUGUCCAAGUGCAGAUGCCCUCUGUGUUGAACUCCAGAAUAACCCUGACACAUACAUGACUCUUCCUGUUUCUGCAUGAAAUAUGUGACUCGGGGCACUUGGAGUCACGAUAUCAUUAUCCACAGUGACUAUGGGUACAUUCAAUUUCAGUGACAUGUUUUGUAUGCACAGAUUCAUCUAGAUGCCCUCAUAUUUAUCAUGACAUACAAUCUUUGUGUCACCACACCCAAAGUUCUGUAUUUGCUGCACCUCUAGAAGAUUAUGAAUAUAAUUUUUCCUCUUUUAUUCACGAACUUCAAAAAAAAUGUGACAAUACAAUUUGGAGUCCAUGUUUUCAUUUUAAAACAGUUAUACACCAACUCUUACAAAUUAAAACAAUUUAGAAGUAUAUAAUAUAAAAUGUUGGAGACUUCCCUAUAUCUAACACCACAAGUGGUACCCCUGUGUUUAAUAACUGAGCAUUGAUGGGGCGCCUGGGUGGCUCAGUUGUUAAGCAUCUGCCUUCAGCUUGGGUUGUAAUCCCAGGGGCCUGGGAUCAAGCCCUGCCUGGGUCUCCCUGCUCAGCGGGAAGCCUGACUCUCCGUCUCCCACUCCCCUUGCUUGUGUUCCCUCUCUUGCUAUGUCUCUCUCGGUCAAAUAAAUAAAGUAUUAACAAAAAACUUAGCAUUGUUAAUCAAAUACUAUCAUAAUAUAUUUUAAUCUUUUCUUUUUUUACCAUUAUUAAGGAGUCUUUUAUUUUGAAUAAAGCUGAAGUAAAAACCAUAAGUAAGCCCUCAGAAUCCUUUUCAAUCACUGAUGCACGUUAGGUGGAUUCCAAAAAUUUUCUAUUAUUAAAAAAAUACUAAAACAAACGUCCUCAUACAAACGUAUUUCUGUGUUCCCACUAAUCCAUCUGAAGGAAUAAUUUGUAAAGCAGGGACUCGGGCAUUUUAGGUCACACACACUCUGUGUUUGUGCUGAAUACUCUUGAACAGCUCUCCUGCACCAGGGAACACAUUACCAACGACACAUGAGAGCACCGUCUGUGAGAAAAAAGUGUCAUUGUUAUUUCAAUUAAAAAUGUUACAAUGACUCGUGCAACUGAGCAUUUUUCCCUUAAAUUGACUGUUCAUUUGUAGUUCUUCCCCGUUUCCUGUGCUGGCCCUUUGUGCAUUUUCUCAGUGUUCAUUCACCUCCUUCUUACAGCUUUUGGAGGAACUACUUAUAACUUACACCCAGUGAGGUGUGCAUAAUUUAGGUGUUCAGUCCCACCAGACCGACACAUACACACACCCAAGUAACCCAAACUCUUGUUGGGUUAUAAAAUUUCUUCCUCAUUCCAGAAACUUCCGUCCCAUUCCCUCCAUGUGAUUAUGUUCUAAAAAUGUUCUCGCACGUUCUUACGAUGCUUUCACGAUCUGGGUGUAUAUUCACACAGGAUAUCAUAUGUACGUUUGAUGUGAGAUAAGAAUCUGACUUCUCCUGUUUUGGAAUUUUAUAUUUAUAUUAUGACUUUACUUUUUGGAAUAAAAAAAUUUAUGUGAGAUAGAGAUUGAAGUAUUUUUUUCAGACCGAUAUAAAUUAUCGACUGCUGUUAAUCAAGUAGUCUGUUCUUUCUUCUUGUAAUUCCGUGCUACCUUGUCUCAUUCAGAUAAAAACUUCCUGUUUCAUACUUCUGCUUGACACUAACACCAUUUGAACACCUGUGCAGGACGACUUUUCCCAUCGCUGGAUUGGCUCCAACCACAUCCUCCCAGUGUUCUUCCUGCAUGCCCCGGGGCCAUCCCGCUUCGGGAGCUCUUCACCCACUCUCCCUUGUCCUGAGAUGCUCUUCCUCUGCAACCCUCACUGGCUCUUGCCUCCUCAGCUGCCUUUCUCCCUUACAUUUCUGUUUCUGGCCCAUGGAAAUGUUUACCUUUUUCUUUCUUAGGACAAAUGUAGAUUUUUAAAUGUUAUGUUUUAUCUGCCACUGUGAAGUGUUUGGAUCUCAGGCAGGACUCCAGGAAUGAAGUGGGAGCCCCAGGGGACCAGAAGCUUGAACUUUUUUCUGGAUUUACACACGUGUUCUGCCAUUUACUAAAUCUGCAGUUUUGUUUGAAUUGGUUAAUUUCUGUGUAUUUCUUCAUGCUUAAAACUGGGAUAACAAUUGUAUCUAAUAUAUCAUGCGGUCUUGUUCAUCAGAUAAAAUCAUUUGUUUAAAGUGCUUCAAGAUCAGCUGAUGCAUCACUGAACUCUAUCUCUGAAACUAAUGAUACACUAUAUGCUAAUUAAUUGAAUGUAAAUAAAAUUUUUAAAAAGGCUUAGAACACCUGAAAAAAGCAAAAUGCUUCAAGGUGUACGUGGCACACAUUAAAUGCUCAAAAAAUUAUUAGGAUUCCA